AUGGAGCGAAAACAAUGCGCGCUUUUUUUUAGAGACUGCUGCCAAGAAAGGAAUGAUGCGCCUGAGAAGAGGAAGGACCAAGGCAGUGCACAGGAUGAAAUAUACUACGAAGGGGAACCCCAGGAAGUGUAUGAAGAGAGAGAAGAAAGACCAGUAAUAAACGUAAAGGGAGACCAAGCAGUAUUUAACAUACCAGUAUAUCAAGACAAGUAUAUCAGGGACAAAAUAAUCGAGACGAAAAAAUAUGAAGUCCAAGAUGUAUUACAGCCAAAACAUUACACACAAGAAACAAAGCAUGAUGUGCCAACAGUUGAAUUGUUAUUUAAAGAAAGAAAAGUUAACAUAUCUCAAGAAAAACUAGAAGAAAAACCAGUGGAAGUUGAUAUGCCAAUAGGAUAUACUCCUAUAUUUUCUCCCAUUUGGGAUGUCAGAGAGAUACCUAGGGUCAUACCAAAAUAUCAAGGAGAGCAAAAAGUAAUUCAAGUUGAAGUUCCACAAAUUAAAUACAUAGACAAAUUUGUGGAGAAAGAAAUUAUCGUUGACGUAAAAGAAAAAAUAAUUCCUAAAAUUACUGAAGUCGAAAAACAGGUUGAUAUAGUUAAAUAUGAGUGGAAGCAAAAAUAUCAAGAUGUCCCUGUUUGUAAAUAUGUUCCUAAGAUAGAUAUCGAAUUGGAUUGCCCACCACCACUAAUUGUUCCUUAUCCUGAGGUCCACUUUCAAAAUACAUCCGAGGUUGUGAACCCUAACCAGCGAGCCGCGGACAUUCCCCCAGAGCUACUCCUCAGGAAUAGUUCCUUCUUCAAGGAUGGGUAUCAAAACACAGACGGAAUAAUAGACGAAGAAAACAAGAAAGGGAAAGAAGGCUACAAAUUUCUGGGAGGUUAUCAAAGCGUUCCUUAUGGGAGCACUUCGAACACGCAUGUAGACGGCUUGGUGAAAAAAUCCCUUUUGGAUGUCGCACGGCUCAGCUCAAAAAACGAGAAAAGCGAAACGCAGAGAAGGAUAUCCCAAGCGCUAACCCAUAUGGAAGUAAAAAAGAAAAAAAAAAAUAACAAAUGGCCCUUUUGCAAUUUUCCCAACUGUAAUGAAGUAGAAGAAAAAAAAUACUUGGAAGACUGUGACCCUAAGACUGGCUAUCCCCUAUCCAUGCCUAAAGACUUUGCUGCAUUUUUUGAAAAGGAUUUGAAUACGGUUAAGAAGCAAAUGGGACAAUAUACAGAUACCAAGUCCAAUCAAUCUAGUAACCUCAUGGAGAAGAGUCCCGUCAAUCCUACUAUAGAAUAUCUGGGAAAAAUUGACAAACCACCCAUUGAUGGAGGAAAACUAGAUUCUAUCUCUUUUAAGUUACAUGCUAUCGAAGUGCAUCAGUUCAUUCCUGUGCCAAGUCUUGCUAAACCCCAAUUUUUGGAUUUAGUACCACCUGAACAGGUUCAGAAUAAUGAUAUUUCGUCUCUUCAAAAUGUCUUUGGGCAAGUUCCCGAAGGAUGGGUAGACCCAAACAUCACGGGGUUCAUUGCGCCCAUGAUGUACGACGUGUUGCAGGGGAAUAUCCAACCACAGAGCCCUUUAUUUAACAAACUUAGCAUGGUGAAGGAAGACAGGGGUGUCUCUUACCCUUCCGUGCGCGCCACUCCAGACAAGGAAAAUACUAAUGGGAGCUACAAAGGUGGCAUCAGCUUGCAACGAGGUGGAGCAGAGGACCCCCUCCAAAGCACCGAUCCCCAUGAACACCUGCAUAUGGAGAAUACGCAUGGGUCCACGAAUAGCUUCGUCCACUACAAUAACAAUACCAAUACCAAUUCGUCUCUCAACUACACCAACGAGAAUGAGGAAUCGUACGAAACAGUGAUGAACUGA